AGCUCCUCCUUGUGGUCGCAUUCUGUGUGGUGCAGGGUAGCCUGUUUUAGAGCACGCCACAGUGGCUGAGGCCGCGCAUGAGGCUGCGACAUACGUUCCCAGAAACCACGUUUGCGACAGAUUGGCCUCAACAACCCUGUCUUCUUCAACCACUCGCUAAUACUUGCUCCUCCCCGUUAAACCGUCGAAAUCUUCCUCAAAGGAGCCAGAACAACCGCCAGAAGUCGCGCGCCAACAGAAAUCGAACCCUGGUUCCUCAGCAUUCGCACGAAAGCCCUCGCUGCCAUCCAUCCCCUGAGUCGUCAGUGGCGCAAUCGCCUCAAGCGCCAACGCCUCGAGCCCCCCUGGGAACGUCGAUUGUCAUUUCGCAGCCUACACAAUAUAUCAACGUAAUACACGCGCUGGUCGCACCAGAACCAUGGCCGUCGCGUCGAUACAAGAUCGAACCUCCGAGUUCAAGUCAGUCCUCGCCCAGGCGCAGCGUCGGCAGGCGAACUCGAAGCCCAGCUCGCAGAAGCGGUCCCUCCUCACAGAGCAGCAAAAAGCGGACGCGAGCGGCGAUGGACGCCCGAGAAAGUCAGACUUUGCCAGGAAGGCGGCCGAUAUUGGGAGGGGCAUCUCGGCGACGAUGGGCAAGUUGCAAAAGUUGGCACAGCGUACGUGGACGAUGGCAAAACGCCGCACAAUGUUCGACGACCGGCCGGUCGAAAUCAACGAGCUCACCUUUGUCAUCAAGCAAGAUCUCUCGUCGCUGAACCAGCAGAUUGGCGAGUUACAAGCAUUCACCCGCCAGAGCCGACCCAACGCCGACCAGGAAAGCGAGCACAACAAGAACGUGGUGUACCUCUUGCAGGGCAAACUCACCGACGUGUCGGUCAACUUCAAGGACGUCCUCGAGGCGCGCACCAAGAACAUACAAGCCUCGCGCUCGCGGACGGAGAACUUUGUCUCGUCGGUAUCGCAGCACACACAGCCGACCUUGCAACAGAAUGCGUCGCCCUUGUACGGCACGCCGAACCGCGCGUCACCAGCCCCGGCGAACGACACGCUGUCGUUGAACCCGGUGAGCGACCAGCAGAUGCUGAUCAUGGAGGAGGGCCAGACAUCGAAUUCCUACAUUCAGCAGCGAGGCGAGGCGAUUGAGGCUAUUGAGAAGACGAUCAGCGAGCUUGGCGGUAUUUUCGGCCAGCUGGCGACCAUGGUGUCCGAGCAGAGCGAGAUGAUCCAGCGGAUCGACGCAAACACAGAGGACGUCGUGGACAAUGUGGACGGCGCGCAGCGGGAGCUGUUGAAGUACUGGUCCCGGGUGUCCAGCAACAGAUGGCUGAUUGCGAAAAUGUUUGGCGUUCUCAUGAUUUUCUUCCUACUUUGGGUUUUGGUCUCUGGUUAGACGAACGAUGACUUGGCGCGCGCGUAAAUGAACAUUGCGUGCUCUGACGGCACCUCCUUUGUCUGAAAG